CUGGCCAGGGAGAUGCAGCUCUUAGAGGUCCAGCUAAAAACCUGUUUUCAAAGUUGCUGGAUGAAACACAAACGGCAGAUGCAGGACUCCCAGCUGAACCGCCCCUUCUCAGGGUCUCUCCAAGAGCCCCCGGCUUUCUACUCACCGUCUUCUGGCCUUGCUAAUGGCCUGCAGCUGCUGUGCCCUUGGGCACCCCUGCCCCGCAUAGGCUCUGGUGCUACCCUCUGGAUCCUUCUGGGGUCUCUGCCAAGUGGAAUAAGAGGCCCUGGCCUCUGCAUGGGCUUCUGGCCGUGGUCAGACUCUGGCAUACCAUCCCCAAGCCCAGGAAGUGGUGCGCAUAUGUUGGGACCAGCCCUGUCCAUGGGGCCCUGGGGCUUGUGUGCUCUGCCAGAGACAGGGGAUUCACCUUGAGGGAGCGCCUCUGACUCCAUUCCUCCCACACAAGCGGUCUGUGCAGAUUGCACCUGGUGCCUACUCAGAGGACUCAGCUGUUCUGUUUACAUCUUGGCGGCACCUCUCACCCUGACCCACGCAAAGGUUCUGGAGAUUUCUGGAGAAUAUAUUUAUUUAAGCCACCUCUUCACUGAAA